AUGAAAGUGCCGUCGCCCUUAAGUGCUGCCGUCACUCAAGUUUUGUCUAGUGAAGUGUUGGAGGAGGUUAUUCGCAGGGAGGUUUCACAGGAGUUUCUGAACGACGGUGAGGGUAGUGGCCGCAUGAUCGUGAACGAGCCUCGUGCGCCACGCUCCGGCGCCUUCAAUCGCAGCAUGAAGCACUCGAAGAACAACAACCAGCAGCAACAGCAGCGCGGUUACAAGGUGCCCAACUACGCCUUGGACCGCUCUCCUACGCGCAUAAAGGUCCCUAUUGCCUUCCAUAACAGGCGUUCGGCUCGUUAUGAUGGAUUGUCUCCUGAGAUGCGUACGAACAGAUCUCCGCGGUCGCCGCGUUACGCUAUGAUGCAUCGGGUGGAUUCUACGAUGAGGAACGAUUCACGUUAUGGCACUCCUACCAACGUGGUCAUGGAGCGUCAUCCUGGUCACCCGAGGAUGCCUCAUGGAUCUAGGUUUUCUCCGAAUCGCCACGGACCCCCAAUGCCCUACGCCAUGCCAGUCAACGGUGACGUGCGUCGCGGCGGCCCUGGUGUGCCAUUUGGUGUAUCGAUUGAAGACAAUCUUGGGCGCGUUCCGCCGCCGGGUCCUAUGUCAAUGAACGGAGGUAUGGCGAGACAAGUGUAUCGCGGCGGCGUUCCCGUGGCCGGGAUGCCCGGGCUAUCUAUCAAUAGCAUGGGUCCAGGGAUGUCAUCUAUACCGGUAAACGAAUGUGUAGCUCCACGUUGGGUAAGCACGCCUGCUCCGCAGGUACCAUCUUUCGCCCCCCCAAUGACCCCAAGCGUGGAGCCUCCACCUCCGAAUCCAAUGUACGCACCGCCACCGGUAGCGCCUCCGCGGGCAAUGCCGGUAAACAUGCGCAAGAGUUCGGCAUUCCAGAUUCGCAACCCCGCCACUGGCGAGGUUGUGAACUCCGAGUCGAAGAUGCCUACGGUUGUGAAGCCGAAGCUGGAGCUAGUUACUCCUUCGCCGGAAAGUGUGAUGGUACAUCCCGCUGGGGACUCAGUUGCCCCGAUGCACCCUAUUAACAAUCCGGCGCUUCCUCCUGCAGAGUUGGCUCAGGCUCCGCCCACGGGCGUUCCAAUGUUGAUGCCUCAGAUGAGCAUUCCGCAGCCGGUGCCGCCGCCUAUGCCGAUGGGCCAGGCUGGGCCGCCGUGCCCGAAUCUCUACCCCGUCAUGUACCCGCCGAACUCCACCCCGGGUUACAUGCCAAUCACGCCAAUGAUGCACACGCCCAGUGCUUACACUCCGAUGACCUCUGGCCGUGUAGAAGAGGACGAACUUGGUUUGGAUGAUAACCACGACCCGCGUGGUGAACUAUGCGAAAUUUGUUCCGACGCCUCGCACGAUCUCUCAAGGUUCGAUCAGUGGUGCGGUCACCGUUUCUAUAAACGCGGCCACUCCGACCAUCGAUGGGUGGGCAACUUAACUUACGCGGAGCCUGAGAGGGACUUCGCCGUAGAAUCUGGCUACCUGUCGGACGACGAGUCGAUAAAUUCUCAUCUGGAACAUGGCGGCCUUAACGUCGAUUCGUCGAGGCGUGUUCUGCGCAACGAUGCCCACGUCUGCCGUUCGAGUGCUCUGCCUGGUUCAUCAAGCUCAUCAGAGGUGUCAGGUCCUUCGCCGACUGCUGUGGGCUUCGAUAUGUUAACGUUAGAAUCCGUAAUGAGGGAUGAGUUUACACAUUUCACACGUGUUUCCGGCCGUUCGAUUGCGGUCGACGCCUCUGCGUCUACUGAUUGCAAGAGCUACGCGUCUUUGCAUUCCAGGAUAGGCGACAGCAUGGGUGAUUCUCGCAGCAAGACUUAUUCCUGCAGAGCGUCCCGGGGCUCCGACAGUCCCAUGGACAUUGAAAUAGAUAUCACAAUGGCCGAAGCUUACGCCACACAACAACCAGAGGACUCUACUGAUGGUUCACCUGGGCCUUUUGCAGACCCUUUGCCUGUAGGGGCGCACCGCGAUUUUGUACCCUUCGACUCUCACGUCCGUCGUAUUUAUCACGACGCCGCUAAGCUUCAUGACAUGGGUUUCAUGGAUUCCGUUCCGGAUGGCUUCUACGUCGGCGCCGGUUUGGUGAAGCGUGAGGACGGCGAGGUUCCCAGGGGUUUCCCAUCUAUCGAUUCGGGCGUGAACAAUGUGAAAUUUGACGGCACGCGUGGCGUUUCUGGCCGCAAACUAGCCAGGGCUGCCGUUGCGAAUGUGGAGAAUAUACCCGAUACGCCUCGUGAUGUUGCUGAGGCUGCGAAGUCGGGUAGUGCUGCUGGAAUCGUGGGCCCCAGCAAUGUGCCAGUUUCACAAAAGAAAUCAUUCGUCGACGAGGGUUUCAGAGCUCCUUUUGGCAAAGGUUUCCAGGAUAUGACCUUCCCGAGCUUUCCCGAGCCAUCGUCAGGCGAACACAUGAUAACUGAGAAGGAUCUGUUUAAGGGUGUUCUCGGCCUUGGCGAUUCUGAUGGCGCGAUUCUGCGUCCCGGCCCCCUCCUGCUGCCGCAGCGUCAGAAGUCGAACAUUAUGUACACGGCAGAGGAUAUGUUGGCUUAUGCCUUUGCAUCCGGGGCUGCCUUCAACAGCCUUUCGUUGGGUUUCAGGGUUGUCAACGUUGGUCACGGUUCUGAUGGAGGGCGUGAUCAUCGCGAUUCGCGCAGCCGUGCAUCUGGCCACUUUGCGCAUGGCGCCGCGAAUGGAUCGCAGGGUUACGGCGUGAAUGCCGGCGCCCAGCGCCCGAGGCUAUUCGAACGAGCGAAGGCUGAGAACAAAUGGCGCCGCGAUGUGAGACCCGAUGUUCUCCGCGUAUCUCCCUUCAAGAAGCCUGAUAUCACUCGUGAGGAACAGUUUAAACGUACCGUUCGCAGCUUGCUGAACAAGCUGACUGUGGAGAAGUUCCUCACGGUUGCCGAGAAGCUGGCUGUGAUUUACGAGAACCUAACUAUUGAGGAUGACGUGGUCGCUAUGGUGAAUCUUGUUUUGGACAAAUCUGUGUCCGAGUUGGAUUACAGCGACAUGUACGCCGACUUGGCGUAUCUGCUUAAAUACCGUUUCAACUCAGCCUUUGACGUGGGUUCGAAGAGCACAUUGUUCUUCCGCGUUUUGAUGAACAAAUGUCAGGAUUCGUUUGAGACUCUGAGUAGCGUCGCGUUGGCUACUAGUUUGGAUCCGUCUGCCGACAAUUCCGGCGGCGACGUUUUGGGAGACUCCGAUAAGGAGGAUAACGACCUGGACAAGGCUGAAAACGAGAGUGAGGUGUUGGGCGACGUGAAGAUUCCUCGCGGUCGCACCAAGAAAUGGAUUUUGGGCAACAUUCGCUUCAUGGGCGAAUUGUUUUUGCGUCGUAUAUUAUCUGUUGCAAUUCUGAAGCGUAUUGCUCGUACGCUUCUCCAGAUGGACUCCGAUGGUUCUAAGGUGCCUUGCGAGUACCUGGUGGAGAGCUUCCUCGAGCUGAUAACGACCAUCGGUUACACGCUGGAGCAGAACGUGAACGGGCCUGAGAUGUUGAACGAGUACAUGGAGCACCUUGUGCUUUUGAAGAAGCAUGGUAACUACAACCUGCGUAUAGUGUACAAGAUCCAGGACCUCAUCGAUUUGCGUUCUAAGAAAUGGGUGAAGAAGGUGUUCAAGGAGCGCGCAACUUCCGUCGCGAGUAUCCAUUACGAAGCUAAGCAGGAGGAAUUGAAGGGUGGUGCGAUCCACCUGAACCAGGAAGGUAAGUUCACGACGGCCGGCCGCCAGGCCCAAAGGCACUACACCGAUUACUUGGUGGCCCAACGCAAGUUGGCCAUGGAAAGAACCGUAAAUGGCUUGUUCGUCGGUGCCCCAGAGUCUGCAGCAGCCCCUGUAGACCCAUCUGCUGGUACCGGCGCUGCCGCGGCGUCAUCGCCCCUUGAGCCAGAAUCAACUGGCAAUGCCGCUGACGAGGGCGAGAUGGAAUUGUUGGCCACUCCAGAAAAUGACGGUGAUUCUAAAUCGUCAACAGGGGAGGAUAGCGCUCGUCGUACCCGCCGCAAAGCCGCCGAAGUGCAUUUUGCGAUGGACCAGCCACCGAUCUCCGUAGUGACCGAAAUCAUGGAGGUGUUCGUGCAGAACCCUCGACCCGAACGUUUCAUGGUGGAAUGGGAUCAAUUCGCCCCCUCCAGCGAGGACAGUCUGGAGGCGGUGCGCCUCAUGCUUAAUAAGUGCGUGAACGCGAAGAGCAUUGCUCUGUCUGAGAGCCAGGCCGACUUGGCGGCCUACACCAUCGGCAACCUGAUGAACGACGCCGAUACUAUGAUCAAAGCAUUGAACAUCUUUGAGACGACCUGCUUGGUCCGCAUCAAGGACGAGAUGCUGGAUAACCCCUUGGCAGUGUCUCUGUUCGCUCGUAUUUUAGUCCAAGUUUUGGAGUGUUUCGCUAGCAUUCCGGAAAUUACGUUGGUGAAGAUAUUGCUUCCUCCGGAGUUUGAUUGCGCCACGGAUCUGGCAGUGCAGGUGUUGACUGGCACUAAGGCCAGGGGCGGCGACGUAAGUUACGUCCGCGAACUACUCCGCCGCAGCUUUGGGCACUUCAGCGACAAGUCCCUGCAGUUCUUGGACGAGAUAUAA